AUGGCGGACGGCAGACCUCAGCAUCGGGCCCAGUCCCAUGCCAACUACGACGCUUCGACACUUACUCGUGAUUUCGAACAGUUGAUGCGCACUAAACGCUUCAAUCAGCUCCAAGAACACCACCGAUCGCGCGCCUCUCAGUCACCUACUCCUCGCUCCGGAUCGAUCCCGCCCCCGUCCAGAGCGCCUCCGCCUCCGCCCUCGUUUGGCGCCGAUUCCCGCCCAGCCUCGCCGCCCAAACCGACAUCUUCACCCGCCAUCCGAGGCCUGCCCAUUAUGCCUUCGCCUCCUCAGGAUCCCGCUUCGCUCAAAUUCUUUAAUCUUCUUAAGAGCUUGUCUGUGACACCGACCAAAUACGAAAACCCCGGUCUACUCGAUGAGGCCUUGACCGUCAUUCCUUUGGAUCGCCUGUACUCGGAAGCCGAGGAGGAGAGCCAGAUUAUGCAGACACAGGCCGCCAGCGUGGGCGGAAAGCCGGAAUGGGGCUAUCAGGAUUGUGUUAUUCGGGCAUUGUUGAGGUGGUUCAAGCGAUCCUUCUUCCAAUUCGUCAACAACCCCCCAUGCGGACAGUGCUGCAUGCCGACCAUCGCCCAGGGCAUGACGCCCCCGAGUGCCGAAGAGGCCGCUCGUGGCGCCACUAGGGUCGAGCUGUACCGUUGCUCCGGACAAGGCUGCGGUGCCUACGAACGAUUCCCUCGCUAUUCCGAUGUCUGGCAACUGCUGCGGUCGCGACGAGGCCGUGUUGGCGAAUGGGCCAACUGCUUCAGCAUGCUCUGUCGUGCGGUCGGAGCCCGCGUUCGCUGGGUCUGGAACUCCGAGGACUACGUCUGGACUGAGGUGUACUCUGAACACCAGAAGCGAUGGGUGCACGUUGAUGCCUGUGAGGAGGCCUGGGACCAGCCCCGUCUCUACGCCGAAGGUUGGAACCGAAAGAUUUCCUACUGCAUCGCCUUCUCGAUUGAUGGUGCGACCGACGUGACCCGCCGCUACGUUCGCAAUUUCCCUAAGCAUGGCAGCCCGCGCAAUCGUGCGCCCGAAGAAGUUGUUCUCUGGUCCAUCCACGAGAUUCGCCGAAAGCGCCGUGAGAACAUGGGCAAGACUGAUAUCCCCCGCCUUGUCAAGGAGGACGAGCGCGAGGAGAGGGAGCUUCGAGGCUACACUGCUUCUGCUCUCGCUGCCGAGAUCAACAACCUCUUACCUCGCAGCCUCGUCGGUCGUCCCGACGAGCAGAAGCACGCCGAUGCUAUGCAGGAGGCCGCGGCCCAGCGGGCCAACGCACGCCACGGUCACUCAGGCCAUGAUCGGUCUGGCGGCAGGAGGUAA